UUGUAAGCAUAAUGGAAUUUAAAGCAACGUUUUUGAAACCUUCAGACACUAGUUCCUUGCUUGAUAAAGACAAUGCUAUUGAUCAUACUAGUUUCGUGUAUAAUAGAUUUAUUUCCCAAUCGAUCCAGACUCAACGACAGCGUUUGCCAAUAUUCAAAAACCGAAAUCACAUUCUCUAUCUCCUAGAAAAGUUUCAAACGCUCGUUCUUGUUGGUGAGACGGGUAGUGGAAAAAGUACGCAAAUUCCACAAUACCUAUUUGAAGGUGAGUGGCCUUUGCAGAUUGGAAUUUGUGAACCUAGGAGAACUGCAGCAAUUUCCUUGGCCCAACGGGUAGCUGAUGAAACUGGCACUAUAUUGCAACGAGAUACUGUUGGAUAUGCAGUUCGUUUCGACUGUUGUUCCAGUAAACCCAAGAUCAAAUAUAUGACUGAAGGAGUCCUGCUGAGAGAGAUGAUGUCAGAUCCUUUAUUAACGAAUUAUUCUGUUAUAAUGAUUGAUGAAGUUCACGAGCGUAGUUUAUAUACAGACAUUCUAAUGGGGCUUAUGAAAAAAGUAUUACAGAAAAGGCCAGAAUUAAGAUUAAUUGUUGCCUCUGCCACUUUGGAUGCGUCUGCAAUGCAACAGUUCUUCAAUAAUAAUAAAUCUGAUGAUUCUAAGUUAAAUACAUCUGUUAUCAUGUCAGUAGAAGGUAGACAAUUCUCUGUGGAAAUAUAUUAUGUGAAUGAGCCUGUGCCUUGUUACAUAAAAAGUGCAGUGGAUGUUGCAAUUACCAUAAACUGUAAAGAAAAACCGGGAGACAUCCUCAUAUUUCUUACUGGACAAGAAGAAGUCGAUAAAACUGUACAGUUACUACUAGAAUAUGCAAAUGAACUGGAACAAUCCAAAGCAAAAUUAAGAGUUAUGGUUAUGCCAAUAUAUGGGGCACUCCCCUACCAUCAGCAAUUGAAAGUAUUCAAGAAAGCGCCAGAUGGUCACCGGAAAAUUAUAGUUGCUACAAAUAUAGCUGAAACUUCACUUACUAUUCCAGGAAUAGUCUACAUAAUAGAUUGCGGGUUCGUAAAACUAAAAUGGUAUAAUAUGGAAACACAUACAGACACCCUCAUGAUACUUCCAAUUAGUAAGUCAUCUGCAGACCAAAGGGCUGGCAGGGCAGGACGGAUGAGACCAGGAAAAGUUUUCAGAUUGUAUACCGAAGAGUUCGCUCGAAACUUAGCUGCCAUGACACCACCUGAAAUGGUUAGAAGUAAUUUAACGUAUGCAGUGUUACAGCUGAAGGCAAUGGGGGUUGAUAAUAUUUUAAAGUUCAAUUUUCCGAACAUUCCUCCGAUUGAAAACCUGCGAAGCGCAUUAGAAACAUUAUUUGCACUCGAUUCAAUUAACAUCCAUUCUGAGCUCACCAGACCGUUGGGAUUUUACAUGGCAGAAUUUGCAUUGGACCCUCUUCAUUCAAAAAUUUUAUUGAGCGCUGCCGAUUUUGGAUGCAGUGAAGAGAUUCUAAUUAUAAUAGCCAUGCUUCAAGUUGAAACAGUUUUCGUUAAGCCAUCGACAGGCACUGGCAAUUUAAAAGCAAGGGUGCAAAAGAGGCUGUUUGAAGUGGCAGAAGGAGAUUUGAUAACAUAUUUAAAUAUUUAUCAAGGAUUUAUCCAGAGUGAGUUGUCCCAAGGUUUUUGUCACAAAAACUAUUUCAGUUAUAUGAGUCUGAAACGCGUGGUUGAAAUCAAAAGAAUGCUAGAAAAAACGUUGGCAAACUACAACAUUCCGAUAGUGUCUGGCAAUAAGACAACCAACAACCUUUGCAGAUGUUUAGUAACAGGAUUUUUUCCUAAUGCAGCUUAUUUGCAUAGAAGUGGAGUAUAUAAAACAGUUCGUGGUGAUAUAGAGUUAUUUAUUCAUCCAGACAGUGUUCUGUAUAGCGUACCCCAACCUCAGUGGGUAGUAUUUUCUGAACUUGUGCAUAAGGUCAAACUGUACAUGCGAGAUAUAACGGUAAUACACAGUGAAUGGCUGAUAGAACUGGCUCCACACUUUUACUACAAAACUACUGCUAUUGAUUAAAUAUUUAUUUUUAUAGUA